AUGGACCAAAUUAGUUUACAAGAACCUAAAUCUCACGAAGAAAGUAUCAAGUCGCAGAACAAAUCAAUAAUACAUUCAGAAAAUCCUGUGACAUUGGUGGCUGAAGAUGAAACGUUAGCUUUUCCAGACAUGCCAUCCCUAUCUCCUUUAAAUACUCAGAAGCCAUCAAGUCCGAUACCAUCAAAUAGAGGUACUCCACGGGCAUCAAUUAAAAGUGAUGGAAAACGUAAAAACAGAACACCAAGUCCACAAAGCCCUAAAAGCAUAAGCCUUAAAUCUCCUGUGGGAGGCAAGUUAACCGUUAUUCCAAGUAAUCUAAGUGGGGAACUUGAAAAAGAAGCAUCUAUAGAAUAUUUAAGUCCGACUCGCGGCUCGGUUCCAGUUAUAAACAACAUAGAUAAAAUAGCUAACAUGACAAAGAAAUUAACAAAUGAAGCCAAUGCAUUAAGAGAAUCUAUAAAAAGUUUAAGCGAAGAUAUUACGAAAACAAAAGAAGCACUUGCCUCCGAAGAUACUGAAGAUGUUAACUUUCCAUACCACCUUUUUCUUAUUGAGCUUAUUAUUAACAGAAUACAUAUGAAAUGUGAUUGCUUUGAGUUGGACUACAACAAUCUUGUAAUUGCUGCUAAUUUUCUUGGAAAGCAACCAAUAGUUCUCUACGACAUGUCGUAUGGAAAAGUUGUUGACUUUGAUCACUUAAACGUUGGAAAAUCGAUCUUAUUUGCUAUGACGUACGAUAAAAUUUGCGGUAUUAAAGAGUUUGUCGUAAAUCUACAAAUGUCUAAGCAACCUCCUUGCGCUAACUGUGUUACUAAAAUUGCUGAAACGAAAAUAGAUUACACAAAACAAUUCGCCAAACUAAGAGAGGAACUAUGCAAGAAGUGGGCAGAGGAACAGCCGACAGACAAUAUUAUAUGUACAACUUCUACGCCGCUAUCGAAACAAAUGUUUUAUUUAUAUUGUGGUGACAGCGACCACAACGAAUCGAUCGGGAUGGUAGAAAUAACAACGCGAAUGUCUUUUCUUGGAAAAGAAAUUACGACGGCUUUCAGCGCGACAUCAAAACCUCAAGGAACUGCAUAUCUUCGUAAAGAAGAUAAUGGAAUGUCUCUCUAUGCAUGUCAGAAUGUUGAGAUGGACUGCCAAGGCAAAGUACUGCUAGACGAAGAGGUCCUUACAAGACGCGAAGUACCGCGCAGUAUGCACACGAUGUCCUCUCGUAGACCGGAAAGUCCAGUGUCACAGCUGUCGACUUUGUCUCCUCAAUCAACUAAAGAAUAUGGUGCUCAACAGAAAGACAUGUACAAUCAAGAAGGUCCCAGCAAAUAUGACGAAAUAUUUGCAAAAGUGAAUUCAAACGAAUUAAAAAUACGGGUGCCCAAAAGCACUAAAAUCGAUAGAAUGGGAAAAUACGAUAAGAUUCAAGAAUUAUGUACCUGUGAAGAAACUCCAUAUAACACUGGCGACCAAAUUCAGUUUCAACUGCCAAAUGACAGAGCCUCUAACACUUAUACAUCAAACUUAAUGUACUCUCAUAAAACACAGGACAAGCGACCAGAUAAAGAUAGGAGGAUCAUUAAUAUAACACCAAGAAAGAAAUUGGAAACAAAAGACAAGAAAACAGAUCUGGAAAUUGAGCUCAUUACUCCAAAGGCGCCACAGCAACCCACAAUAAAUAAUAACUUAUCCCAGCAGUGUAGCUCCAGCGAUAUUAAAAGUAAACCGUCGAAAUCAGACGUUAAAAAGAGUAAAAAGAAAAAGACGAAAAGUAAAACAGAUGUAAAAGCGAAGAAGACUGGACUUGGAGAAUUUCGGAUACGCGAUUUGAAUGACGAAAUUAACAAGUUAAUGCGGGAAAAACGUCAUUGGGAAGUGCAGAUAAGAUCACUAGGCGGACCGGACCAUGCAAGAGUCGGCCCGCGGAUGUUGGACCAAGAUGGCAGGGAAGUGCCAGGAAAUCGGGGAUACAAGUAUUUUGGCGCCGCCAAGGAUUUACCAGGAGUGAGAGAAUUAUUCGAGCAAGAGCCUCCACCUCCGCCGCGUAGAACUCGCGCAGAUCUGAUGCGUGACGUGGAUGCAGAUUACUACGGGUACAGAGAUGAUGAUGAUGGGCUCCUGGAACCGUUGGAGAAGGAAGCAGAGAAAGACGCAAUAGCGAGAGUAAUGGAUGAAUGGGAAAGAAAUAAGGAGCAGAACACAGAAGAAGAUUUACCCGAAGAGGAGAAUAUCUAUCCAGAAGACCCCGAAGACAAAAGACUAGAAGACGACGAAGAAAAGCCAGUUUCACACGUAGCAGUGCCUUCACAGAAAGAUGUAGAAGAAGCGUUACUCAGAAGAAAGAAACAAGAGUUAUUGGAGAAAUAUGGAUGUCUCGAUGUAAAGAUUGAAGGAAGUUGA